AUGCUGCGCUACUUGCUCAAGGCGCUGCUCCAGAUGAACCUGUUCGCCGACUCUCUGGCCGGGGACGUCUCCAACUCCAGCGAGCUACUGUUUGGCCUCAACUCCUCCCUGGCGGCGCUCAACCAGAGCUUGCUGCCGCCGGGAGACGCUGGGGGCUUCAACGGGUCACGGGCCGGGCCGGAGGACGCGGUGCCCCGCAUUGUGGAGCAGCCCCCCGACCUGCUGGUGUCCCGUGGGGAGCCGGCCACGCUGCCCUGCCGCGCCGAGGGCAGGCCGCGCCCUCACAUUGAGUGGUACAAGGACGGCGUGCGGGUGCCCACGGCCCGCGAGGACCCGCGUGCCCACCGCCUGCUGCUGCCCAGCGGGGCGCUCUUCUUCCCCCGCAUCCUGCACGGGCGCCGGGCCAGGCCGGACGAGGGCAUCUACACCUGCGUGGCCAGAAACUACCUGGGCACCGCCGCCAGCCGGAACGCAUCACUGGAGGUGGCCGUUCUGCGGGACGAUUUCCGCCAGCCUCCGGGAGACGUGGUGGUGGCAGCGGGCGAGCCGGCCGUGCUGGAGUGCGUGCCCCCUCGAGGGCACCCGGAGCCCUCCGUGUCCUGGAAGAAGGACAGCGUGCGGCUCAGCGAGCAGGCCGGGCGCAUCGCGAUCCGCGGGGGGAAGCUCAUGAUGUCCCACACGUUGAAGAGUGACGCCGGGAUGUACGUUUGCGUGGCCUCCAACGUGGCCGGAGAGCGGGACAGCGGGGCCGCCAAACUCGUGGUCUUUGAGCGCCCCUCCUUCCUGCGCAGACCCACAAACCAGGUGGUGUUGGCCGACACCCCCGCUGACUUUCCAUGUGAGGUGCAGGGUGAUCCUCUGCCCCGUCUGCGCUGGCGCAAGGAAGAGGGGGAACUCCCCCCCGGAAGAUACGAGAUCGGGAGUGACCACAGCCUGCGGAUCGGGCGGGCCAGCGCCGAGGACGAGGGCACCUACACUUGCGUGGCCGAGAACAGCGUGGGCCGGGUCGAAGCUUCUGGAUCCCUCAGUGUCCACGUCCCCCCGCAGCUGGUGACGAGGCCCCAGAACCAGACGGUGCCCCCGGGCCGGACGGUGACCUUCCAGUGUGAGACCAAGGGGAACCCCCCACCUGCCGUCUUCUGGCAGAAGGAGGGUAGUCAGAUCCUGCUCUUCCCCAGCCAGCCCCCGGCGCCUCCGGGCCGCUUCUCAGUGUCCUCCAGUGGGCAGCUCAGCAUCGCGGCGGUGCAGAGUGGCGACGCCGGCUACUACGUGUGCCAAGGGGUCAGCGUGGCCGGAAGCAUCCUGGCCAGGGCCCUGCUGGAAGUAGAGGACGCCCCCUUGGAGAAGAUUCCGCCCAUCAUCCUCCGCGGGCCAAUUAAUCAGACCCUGGCUCCGGGAGCCACCGCCCUGCUGCCGUGCCUCGUGGCCGCAGACUCCCAGCCCACUGUCCAGUGGCUGAAGGAUGGGCAGCAGCUGGAGGACGGUGACCCUCGGCUCAGUGUGCUGGACAACGGGACCCUGCAGAUCCGCCUCCUGCAGGAAGCUGACUCGGGUCUCUACGGGUGUGUGGCCACGAGUCCCAUGGGGGAGGCCUCAUGGAGUGGCUUGCUGCAGGUGCAGGGUGAGUUGCCGGCCUUACCUCCCGGGGCAGACCCUCCGAGAUCCCCACCUGGGGCGCCCACCCAGCCUCGGGUGGCCGACAUCACCCAGACCAGUGCCACCCUGACCUGGCAGCCCAGCGCCGAUACCGGGGCCCCGGACGCCUCCACUUACGUGAUAGAGGCCUUCAGCCCCUCGGCAGGCAGCACGUGGCGGACAGUGGCCGAAGGCGUGCAGCAGGAGACGCACACGGUGGGAGGCCUGCAGCCCGACACUAUCUACCUCUUUCUGGUCCGAGCGGCCAGUGAGCAAGGCCUCAGCGAACCCAGCCCCGUCUCCGAGGCCAUCCGCACCCGAGAAGCAGAUGCUCUGGGCCCGGACGAGGACCGGCAGCGUCAGGGCCAGCGGGAGCUGAGCGAGAUAGCCUUGCGCCUGCAAAAAACUGAAAUCCUCGACCCCACCACCCUUCAGGUGUUCUGGACCGUGGAACGGCCGUCCCCGGCCUUGCAAGGUUUCCGGGUGCUGUGGAGGGUGGCUGGCUCAGGGGGCUGGGCGGCCCUGGAUGUGGGGUCUCCAAGCCAGCGCAGUGCCGUGCUCAGGGGGCUGCCUCCUGGAGGGAGAAUCCAGACCAAGGUGCAGCCCUACGGAAACGAGGGCCUCGGACCCGACAGCCCCGUCCUAGACAUCAGCAUCCCGGAGGAGGUCCCCAGCGCCCCUCCUCAAGCAGUGACCGUGACCUUGGGGGGCGAUGGCAACAGCAGCAUCACCGUGUCCUGGGCACCGCCACCCCCGGCCCAGCGCAAUGGGAUCAUCCAGGAAUACCGGGUCUGGUGCCUGGCCAACGACAGCCGCUUCCACGUCAACCAGUCUGCGGCGGGCUGGGCGCGCUCCGCCGUGCUCAGAGGCCUCCUCCCCGGACUCUCCUACCGGGCCCAGGUGGCCGCGGCCACCAGCGCCGGCGUGGGAGUAGCCAGCACCCCGGUGACCGUGCAGCUCCCGGAGGCUUCUCGGGAGGCGGGCGCGGGUCUGUCGGAGCGGCUGGUCAGCGUGCUGCGGGAGCCGGCCUUCAUCGCGGCCGGAGGGGCGGCCGGAGGGGCCCUGCUCCUCGGACUCAGUGCCGCUCUUUACCGGCGCCGGAGGCAACGCAAGGAGCUCAGCCACUACACGUCCUCCUUCGCCUACACCCCGGCAGUUUCCUUUCCUCAUGCGGAAGGCCUCUCCCGAGCCAAUGCCAGGCAGCCGGUGGGCCUGGGCGCGGCUCCCUACCCGUGGCUAGCCGACUCGUGGCCCCACCCGCCCCGCAGCCCCACGGUCCCGGAGCCCAGGGGGAGCCGCUGCCCCGGCAACCCUGACCCCGAUGACCGGUACUACAACGAAGCUGGCAUCUCCCUGUACCUGGCCCAGAUGGUCCGGGGGGGAACGGCGGUGGCCCCCUCGGGGGAUGGCCCCAUCUACAGCACCAUCGACCCGGUGGGCGAGGAGCUCCGCACCUUCCACGGGGGCUUCCCCCCGCAGCCCCCCGGGGACGCCGACCACUGGCCCGAUUCCUCCCAUAGUCAGGCCGCCCGGCCCGAGUGGAGCCAGGACAGCGGCCCAAGCGCGGGGAAAGGGAAAUUGGGGAUGCCCUCGCAGACCCCGUCUCUGAGUUGGUCCGAGCCGCUGCCCCCCCCGCCUCCUUCCUGCGAGCUGAGUCGCCUGGGGGAGGCCCAGAGCGGGGAGGAGGAGGAAGAAGAGGAGGAGGAAGAGCUGGAACGCAGCUCGGAGCCCGAGGAGUGGUGCCCCUCGCUGCCCCAGAGGAGCCAUCUGACCGAACCGGGCCCACCGCCCCCGGCCCGCCGAGACAGCCCUUCCCCGACCCCAUCCUUUGGGCAGCAGUCCACCGCCACCCUCACCCCCUCGCCCCCCGAACCUCCCAGACCCCACCAGGCGCCUAGGAAGAUGUCUCCCAGGACGAGCCCCCCUCUCAGCCUGUCCCAGCCCAGCCUGAGCAGCUUGGAAGGGGGGGGGCCGCCCCCUCCCCGCCACCUCAGCCCCAGCCCCGCUCCCAGUAGCACCAGCGGGGCCCCAGGCAGAGUUCGGCUGGUGCCCGGGGAGACGACGCCCCCACCCCAAGGACCCCGGGCCCGCUCCAGGAAGAAACCAAAAGCCCCUCCCUACCGGAGGGGAUGGAGCCCAGGGGACCUGCCACCCCCGCCCCUGCCCCCGCCAGAAGGAGAAGCCGAGUGGACCACGGGGCUGAGGGCUGCGGGCAGUGUCCCCUCCCUGGAGCGUGAUCGGGGUCGAGAAAGGAGAACGGCCCGGGCAGUGCCCUCCGGGGGGCAUCAGCAUCCCCACUCUGACGAAGGCCCCUGGCCACUGUACAGCAAGCCCAGUUUCCUGCCAUCGAGGACCCAGGUGGCGGGAGCCUGCUCCACGACGGACAGCAACUCCUCCCGCGGCUCGGGAAGCUCUCGGGGAACCGCCUGGACCCGCCGGCCGGAGCGCCGAGAGGCCCAGGCUGUGUUCGUCCCUCUCCAGGAGCUGAGAUGA